GCUGCCCCCGACCCGGGCGAAUGCUGGUUUGUGCUGCUGCCGCUGCCGCCGCCGCCCGGGCCGAGUGACAAAGGAAGGAAGGAAGGAAGCGAAGAGGACCUGGCCCCGCAGCCGCUGACAGGGCUCCGGGCUCGGGGCAAAGCGCAGACACUUCCUGAGCAAGCACCGAUCAGAGGCGAGGGGCGGAGGGCGGCCGCGCCGGUGCCGUGGACGGGGGAGGGGGCCCCAAGGGACGGAAGCGGUUGCCGGGUUCCCAUGUCCCCGGCGUAUGGGGAGCAGUCGAGGAGCCGCUGCCUGGGGUCUGAAGGGAGCUGCCUUCGCUAUCGCCGCCGCCAUGGCCGCUGGAUCCAGCCGCCGCCUGCAGCUGCUCCUGGCGCAAUGAGGAGAGGAGCCGCCGCCACCGCCCGCCUCUGACUGACUCGCGACUCCGCCGCCCUCCUGGUCGCCGGGCCCCCGCCGCCAGCCCGCUGGAUCCCGCCGCUGCCGGAGCCGCAGCGUUUCCCGUCGCAUCUCGGAGCCACCCCUUCCUCCCAUCCCCCUCUCUUCAAGCGUGAGACUCGUGAUCCUUCCGCCGCUUCCCUUCUUCAUUGACUCGGAAAAAAAUCCCCGAGGAAAAUAUAAUAUUCAAAGUACUUAUUUUCAAUCAAGUAUUUGCUCCCGUUUCACGUGAUAUAUAUUUUUAAAGGAUUUCCCCCACCCCAUCCUCCUCUCUCAGGAAAGGGAGGUGAAAGAAUUGUAAUCCCCCAUUCCAGCCCCAGAUUAUCUAUAUGUUCAAUAUCCGUACCGAUCUGUCUUGAAGGAGAAAUACAUCGCUCGUUUUUUUUUAAUAGCUAUACAAAAAAGUGAAAAGCCUGGAGAACGAAGUCUUUUUCUUUUUCUUUUCUUUUUCUUGUGAGAGAACUUAAUGCUGCAUUUAUCAUUAACCUAACACCCUAACAUAAAACAAAAGGAAGAAAAGGAGGAAGGAAGGAAAAGGUGAUUCGGGAAGAGAGAUCAUGUCAGGGCGGCCCAGAACCACCUCCUUUGCGGAGAGCUGCAAGCCAGUGCAGCAGCCUUCAGCCUUUGGCAGCAUGAAAGUUAGCAGAGACAAGGAUGGCAGCAAGGUGACCACAGUGGUGGCAACUCCCGGGCAGGGUCCAGACAGGCCACAAGAAGUCAGCUAUACAGACACUAAAGUGAUCGGAAAUGGGUCAUUUGGUGUGGUAUAUCAAGCCAAACUUUGUGAUUCAGGAGAACUGGUUGCCAUCAAAAAAGUAUUGCAGGACAAGAGAUUUAAGAAUCGAGAACUCCAGAUCAUGAGAAAGCUAGAUCACUGUAACAUAGUCCGAUUGCGUUAUUUCUUCUACUCAAGUGGUGAGAAGAAAGAUGAGGUCUACCUUAAUCUGGUGCUGGACUAUGUUCCGGAAACAGUAUACAGAGUUGCCAGACACUAUAGUAGAGCCAAACAGACUCUCCCUGUGAUCUACGUCAAGUUGUAUAUGUAUCAACUGUUCAGAAGUUUAGCCUACAUCCAUUCCUUUGGAAUCUGCCACCGGGAUAUUAAACCACAGAACCUCUUGUUGGAUCCUGAUACAGCUGUCUUAAAACUCUGUGAUUUUGGAAGUGCAAAGCAGCUGGUCCGAGGAGAACCCAAUGUUUCAUAUAUUUGUUCUCGGUACUAUAGGGCACCAGAGUUGAUCUUUGGAGCCACUGAUUAUACCUCUAGUAUAGAUGUAUGGUCUGCAGGCUGUGUGUUGGCUGAGCUGUUGCUAGGACAACCAAUAUUUCCAGGGGACAGUGGUGUGGAUCAGUUGGUAGAAAUAAUCAAGGUCCUAGGAACACCAACAAGGGAGCAAAUUAGAGAAAUGAACCCAAAUUAUACAGAAUUCAAAUUCCCUCAAAUUAAGGCACAUCCAUGGACAAAGGAUUCGUCAGGAACAGGACAUUUCACCUCAGGAGUGCGGGUCUUCCGACCCCGAACUCCACCAGAGGCCAUUGCAUUGUGUAGCCGUCUGCUGGAGUAUACACCAACUGCCCGAUUGACACCACUGGAAGCUUGUGCACAUUCAUUUUUUGAUGAACUGAGGGACCCAAAUGUCAAACUACCAAAUGGGCGAGACACACCUGCACUCUUUAACUUCACCACCCAAGAACUGUCAAGUAAUCCACCUUUGGCUACCAUCCUUAUUCCUCCUCAUGCCCGAAUUCAAGCAGCUGCUUCCACCCCUACAAAUGCCACAGCAGCCUCAGAUGCUAAUGCUGGAGACCGUGGACAGACCAAUAAUGCUGCUUCUGCGUCAGCUUCCAACUCCACCUGAACAGUCCCAAGCAGUCAGCUGCACAGGAAAAACCACCAGUACUUGAGUGUCACUCAGCAACACUGGUCACGUUUGGAAAGAAAAUUAAAAAGAGAAAAAAAAAAAAAAACCUGUUCAUUUUAGUGUUCAAUUUUUUUAUUAUUAUUGUUGUUCUUAUUUAACCUUGUAAGAUAUCUAUAAAUACAAAACAAUUUCAUUGUAUUCUCACUUUGCGGGAGACCCAGAGGGUGGGAGGGGUAAUGGGAGGGGGAAAGCGGAGCACUAGAAGACACAAUCUCUCUCCCACGACAAUCUUUUUUUUUUUUUUUUUUUUUAAUCAAAGUCUGCUGUUGUACACUUUAAAAACAGGACUCCUGCCUCAUGCCCCUUCCACAAGAGAAGAAACCUUGUUCUGUACUGAAGUGUUUGUUUUGUUUUGUUUGAACUUUGUUUUCUUUUCAAGUCUAGUGUCAGACUUUGGCAUAGUGCACAGCUUGAAAUUGGUUGGGAGCUUAGCAGGUAUAACUCAACAGGGCUUACAUGUCACUUGUAAAAUUAAUCCAAAUCCUCGGGUAUUUGAAGACUUGGCUUUGGCAUGUUGGUGGCAGGUGUGGCAGACAAAAAAGGAAAUGUGUAUCAUUUGUAACCCAGGUAGGUCAAUAAAGUUUGAAGCUGUAAGGGGGAGAUACUGAAUUGAUUGGUUAAGUUUGGUUUUGUUCUUAGUCAGUACUAGUGGUGAGAAAGCUGGUAUAGCAGGCUCCCAAAGGGGAGCAGCAAGCAGAACUCUAAUUCCAUAAUGGGGUUUUGUUUUUGUUUUUGUUUUGCCUAACCAAAGGUUCUCUGCAAAUCUUUGUACAGUUUUAAAUUAGUGACCUAGAAGGGGAUUGGAAAGGGUGUUGAACAGGCUAUACUGGCUGCACAGGUCAAAGGCACCUGGUGAGACUAGAGGAAGGACACAGGCUGGGGCAGAUCUCACCACUGUGAAUGAAUUCAUCCAGAUUUUUUUCUAAAGUUACUUCCCUUGGAAAGAUACACUUGUCUCUCAACAUUAUAGUUAAGUAAUGUGAACUGUAACAGUCUACUGCUUUAUUUUUCAUCUUUCUAAUUGACAAACAAGUUUUUAGGAUUGCCACCUUCUACACAUAGUUAUAAUUUUAAAUCCAAAUCUAGACUCUAUUUAAUUUUAGCUUUUUUAACCUCAUGCUUUUAAAAUUUAUUUAUUGAUGCAUGCCCAAUAGGCCAUUAUGAUUUUAGGUGGUAGGAAUAUUAAAAACUACCUAUCAAAAUUAUAUAGUCACCUGUACGUACCUGCUGACUUCAUAGGGAAACUGAUGCUAUAAAUGUGUGUAUAUAGUUAUAUAUACAGAUACUCAAUACUGCCUUUUCUUUUUUGUCUCCAGUAUCAAAAUUGACUGGUUGAAGCAUGAGAAGAAUGUUUCCCCACACACACCCAGUUAAGAGUUUUGUUUCUAUUUUCUUUAUCAGUGAAUGGUGUAAGAAUCAGUCUAUUGUUUUUGGGGAAAAAAAAAAGCAAUAUUCCUUGGAAAGCAAGGAAGAUUGAAGAAUUAUGUUUGCAGUAAAGAGAUAGAUCUUCACAACUACUUUGUUUUAUACUUAUUAAGGUUGGUAUCUAUGUGGGCCUUAUAUACUCUAAAAUGAACCUUAGUCACCUUGGUGCUUAUGGGCCAUUACUUGACCUAUGAAUCUUUAAGGCACAAUCAGUUAUAUUUUACAUUUAAAAGAUCACUUGAGUGAUGGCCACUUUUUCCUCCUGCCCUCUUCUUCCCCACACACCUUCCAAGGUUAGCUGAUAAUUGUAGGGCUGCAGAGCUGAACUCUAGAUUGUGUAUAAUCUCCUUUCACCCUCCUCAUUGCCACUUAGGUUAUGUUGGGGUCUCGCCCUCCAGGUGGUUAGGAAGUGAAGUCUCUUGGCAGCCCAAGUGCAGGCCCUGCACCCUGUCCUGCUUCUUGACUUUGUGUGCAACUCUCCAAGAGAGUUAUGCUGCCUGCUGAAGUGAAUUGACACCCAGAAAGACAACUGUGAGCCAUCUUAGUGUUCACUCACUGUUUAGCUAAGCUCUUGGGCCACAAAAGGGGUUUCUUAAACCUCUUGUUAUAUCAGAGUUCAUGAGAAAAGAUAAUGUUCAGUCAAACCAAAUAAAAUAGUGAAUUUUACUUUUUAUAAAGUGCUUCUGAGAGCUAGUUAAGAUUGAAAAAAAUCUGAAAGUAUUUGGCAGCAUAGUUCCUUAAAGGAACUAUAGACCAUUACAGAAAAGAUUUAUAAAGAAUCUGAACAGGUAGGUCUAUGACAGAGAAAUGGACCUGUUUUCAGAUCAAACUGCCCAGUCAGAUGUUUGGAUACGAACACUACUCUGGACUUGGUAUACUUGCUGGAGUCCAUAAAAAUCAGUACUUAUUUUAGGAAACACUUUUCCCCCCAUAAAUGGGGUAAGAGAAGAAGAGAGAAAAGUCAGAUGCUUUUCUCUCACUUUGUGUGUGUGUGUGUGUGUGUGUGUGUGAGAGAGAGAGAGAGAGAGAGAGAGAAUGUGUGAGUGUGUGUGUGUACGCACGCGCGCGUGCCGGGGUGCAUGAUUUUUCUUUCUCACGGAUCAUGGCGGGAUCACAGAACUCUUUUAUACAAGUGAGAUCCAGGUCUCUGGAUAUCUUUUUGUAAAUAUAAUAAUAAUAAUUAAAAGCUCCUCACCAAAUUCAAGCUUGUACAUUAUAUUUUCUUUCAGUGUUCUUAAAUUUAAGUUUUAUUGUUUUGUAUGUAAAUAUGUGGACCCAGGAACUGUUAUUAAUGAGCAAAAAGUUACUGUUCAGGGCAGUGAUUCUGUUUAAUAAUCAGACAAAAUGUAGACGAGCUUUUUAAAGCCAUAUAGUUUUAACUCUGUACAGUAGGUACCGGCCUGUAUUAUUGUAACAAUAACUCUAGCAAUGUAUAGUGUAUCUAUAUAGUUUGGAGUGCCUUCGCUUCCAUGUGUUUGGUUUUUUUGUUUGUUUUUAUUUUUAUUUUUCAUUUAAAAAUUUUUAUUUGGUUUCCUUUAUCCACGUCUCCCUGUCCAUCCCCUUUCCCUUUGAAAUAAUAACUCACAACAAUAUCUUUGCCCCCUCCAAAAUUAAGUUUCGGUGAUACCAUGCUCAGGAGUGGGAAGAGGAAACCAUGUUCAUAAUCUCAUUUUAUUCAAGCCCUGCAUUUGUUUUAGUUCUGAAUGUCUGUUUUCUCCUCGGUAGCAAUGACCGUUUCAUUUGAUACUUGGUCCAUUCAGGGACUUAGUAUAACACAUGGAGCCCUAGAGCUGGAGGAUAUCAAUAGAUUAGAUUUUGUUUAUCUCUUCCACAAGCCCUAACCAUGUAUUUUACAAACAGCAGAUUCUAGGAGCCUUCCAUGCUCGAGCAGGCGCUCACUCUUCUUCCUCCCUCCCUCCCCACCUCCCCGCACCAGCCCCCUUACUGACUUCCCUCCCAAAUGACACAGGGAGAGAAAACUGGUUUAGUAUUGGGUUUUGAUACAUCAAUGGUCUAAAAUUCUCUCUUGCAAUGGCUUGCAGUUAACUGCACAGAAUGCCACCAUGCCCAUAGAAGGCUGAUCUAACAAGGGAACUCAACCCAUUCUCUCCCUCCUGCCAUCUCUACCCUGUUCAAUGACAUGUCAUUUUAAUUUUUUAAAUCAGUUUAAUUUUGACUGUGUGCCCAACAUGAAGGCCUUUUUUGGAAAAAAUAUAUAUAUAUAUAUUUUUUUGUUUUGCCUCCAAGUACUCCAUAUAAAAUGUCUUGAAUAGAAGAAAAAAACACUUUACCAAACCAAAGGUUGCUAUUUUUGAAACAUCAUGUGUUCAUUCCAGCAAGGUAGAAGACUGCACCUUCUUUCCAAUGACGUGUCAUUUUAAAAGUCCUCUUAAUUUUUACACCCAUCUUGGUUUGUGUUUGAAUAAAGUAUGCCUAACUAAUCAUCUCAUCUGCACCAAUGCUAAGGUUUCUGAGAGGACUAUUAUAUUCUCUAUCCCUGUGGAUAUAAAGACACUGGCAUUUCAUUUCUUUUCUCUUUCCUUUUUAAAGGAUUUAACUUUGGAAUCUUCCAAAGGAAGUUGGCCAAUGCCAGAUCCCCAGGAGUUUGGGGGUUUUUCUUUAGUUUAAACCAAAAUUGUACCUGAUUCAUAUUGUUCAUGUUAGUGAUCAUCUAAUCACAGAGACAAAACACUUUUCUCCCCUCUAUAGAAAAAUAAGCAUGCUCUACAAUAAAACCUGUCUUUCUGGUAGAAACCUGAGCCACUGAAAAUAAAGAGACAACUAGAAGCACAGUAGAGUCCCAGAUUAAGGUCUUCCUUAGAGGCUAUGAAAGUAAUCCCUGGGGUUUGGAUUAUUUUCACAAGGAUUAUGCUGUUUAUUAUUAGAGUUUUUGCUCCGUUUUGCACCUCUGCAAUAAAAGCAAAAUGACAACCAGUACAUAAGGGGUUAGCUUGACAAAGUAGACUUCCUUGUGUUAAUUUUUAAGUUUUUUUCUUAUAUCUGUCUACAGGCAGAUAGAUGUAUGAAAAUGUGCUUGCCUGUAAAAUUUGCAUUUAUAAGUGUGUUGCCGAUGGAUCACUUGGGCCUGUACACAUACCAAUUAGCGUGACCACUUCCAUCUUAAAUACGAAUCUAAAAAACAAAAUUUAUUAUAUAUAUAUAUAAAGGACUGUGGGUUGUAUACAAACUAUUGCAAACACUUGUGCAAAUCUGUCUUGAUAUAAAGGAAAAGCAAAAUCUGUAUAACAUUAUUACUACUUGAAUGCCUCUGUGACUGAAUUUUUUUUCAUUUUAAAUAUAAACCUUCUUUGUGAAAAGUAUGCUCAAUGUUUUUUUGCCCUUCCCCCAUUCCCUUGUAAAUACAUUUUGUUCUAUGUGACUUGGUUUGGAAAUAGUUAACUGGUACUGUAAUUUGCAUUAAAUAAAAAGUAGGUUAGCCUGGAAAUGAAAUUAAAAUUCA